GAAAGACAGAUCACAGAAGUAGAAUAGUAGAUAGGGAGUGUCGGAAACGGCAUCGUUUGCUUUCCCUAGAAUUAGCGGCGUGUUUGUUCUGAUUUGAGGGAGGGAAGAAAAACACCACCUCUUGGAGCCGCCUGCUACUGCGUCUCUAGCUCGCUUGCUGGAACGGAGCUGGGGAUGCCGUCAAUGGCGCAAGCAGGAGUCAAGGACUCUACAGGGAGCAACAAACCUAACUCUAAGUUUCCCAACGGUUACGUGAACUCCUUUGCAAGGAGGCAAAAGAUCAUUCAGCAGAGAAAAUCUCUUCCGAUUGCUUCAGCUGAAAAACGGCUUGUCGAGGAGGUGAAGAAGAAUGACGUAUUGAUUAUUGUUGGUGAAACAGGCAGUGGAAAAACCACGCAGUUACCGCAGUUUCUAUUUAAUGCUGGAUUUUCUCGUGAUGGGAGAUCAAUUGGGAUCACGCAACCAAGGCGAGUGGCCGCCGUCACUGUUGCGAAACGGGUUGCUGAGGAAUCUGGUGUGGAACUGGGCCAGAGGGUUGGGUAUUCCAUCCGGUUUGAUGAUUACACUUCUAGUUCCACAAGGAUCAAAUACAUGACGGAUGGCUUGCUACUGAGGGAAGCAUUGUUGGAUCCAUAUCUCUCUAGGUAUUCAGUUAUCAUUGUUGAUGAAGCUCAUGAGAGAACUGUCCAUACUGAUGUGUUGCUAGGCCUGCUGAAAAAGGUGCAACAUGCAAGAUCAAAAUCUGGCAAUGAUCAUAUUCAUAUUGACAAUAAGGCAAACAAUGGCACACUGGCAGUGGCAGAGAAAGAAGAUGGCUCACAAAGUGCCAGUUUAUUCAAAAAAUGUCAAGGCAGAAAAUUUCUUCCUUUGAAGUUAAUCGUCAUGUCUGCUAGCUUGGAUGCACAUGUUUUCUCAGAGUACUACAGUGGUGCAAAAGCUGUUUACAUUCAAGGGAGACAAUUUCCUGUUGAUAUACUUUAUACUCUUCAUGCUGAGUCAGACUAUUUAGAGGCGGCCUUAAUUACUAUAUUCCAGAUUCAUUUGGAGGAGGGCCCUGGUGAUAUACUUGUAUUUUUGACCGGGCAAGAAGAGAUUGAAUCUGUUGAAAGACUUGUCCAAGAGCGACUUCGACAGUUACCUGAAGACAGUCAAAAGCUUUUUACUGUUACUAUAUUUUCAUCACUUCCAUCAGAACAGCAAAUGCGAGUUUUCAUGCCAGCUCCGGUUGGCUUUCGUAAGGUUAUAUUGGCAACAAAUAUUGCUGAGACAUCAGUGACAAUACCCGGAAUCAGGUAUGUUAUAGAUCCUGGAUUUGUGAAAGCCCGCUCCUAUGAUCCUGUCAAAGGGAUGGAAUCACUGAUUAUUGUCCCAACCUCAAAAGCACAGGCUAUUCAAAGAAGUGGACGUGCAGGUCGUGAAGGACCUGGGAAGUGCUUUCGUUUAUAUCCUGAGAGUGAAUUUGAGAAACUUGAGGAUUCAACCAAGCCAGAGAUUAAGCGAUGCAACCUUUCAAAUGUCAUUUUACAACUCAAAGCCCUGGGUGUUGAUGAUAUUAUUGGGUUUGAUUUCAUUGAGAAGCCACCAAGGGCAGCUAUUAUCAAGUCAUUGGAGGAGUUGUUCCUGCUAGGUGCUUUGACUGAUGACUGUAAGCUUGCUGAUCCAGUUGGGCGUCAAAUGUCUCGACUUCCCUUAGACCCCAUUUAUUCCAAAGCUCUUAUCCUAGCAAAUGAGUUCAACUGCUUGGAAGAAAUGUUGAUAACUGUUGCCAUGCUUUCAGUGGAAUCUAUUUUCUAUUUCCCUCGUGAGAAGAAAGAGGAGGCAAGAAGCAGAGUAAAAUGCUUCUCAAGUCCAGAUGGUGACCACCUUACUUUAGUUAACAUAUAUCGAGCAUCUGAUGAGUUCUUGGAGAAGAGAAACAUGGGACCUGGUAAAGAUAAAAGGGAAAAAAUUAUGAGGAAGUGGUGCAAGGAAAAUUUUAUUAAUAGCCGUUCUCUGAGACAUGCGCGUGACAUUCACAGUCAAAUCCGAGAGCACGUUGAGCAAAUGGGUUUUUGUGUAUCUUCGUGUGGAGAUGACGUGCUUCAGUUCCGCAAAUGCCUUGCUGCCUCCUUUUUCCUGAAUGCUGCCUUAAAGCAGCCUGAGGGCACAUACAGGGCUCUUGCAAGUGGUCAGGUGGUGCAAAUCCGGCCUUCUUCGGUCUUAUUCCAGGCAAAACCAGAGUGUAUAAUAUUUAAUGAACUUGUCCAAACUAAUCACAAGUACAUCCACAACAUCACUAGAAUUGAUUACUUAUGGUUGACAGAGCUGGCUCCUCAUUUUUAUGCUGUGCAGAACUGAAAUUACUUCUGCCAUAACUUCUGAGGAAGUAAGUACCAUUUAUUCCUCUCUUUUUUCCCCCGGAAUCGCCUUGUAUGUAAUGCUCCUUUGGGGUGGUGUGGAAUGGAAUUAAAAUCCCCAUCUUAUGGGAUAUUGGGAUUGUUUAGUGAAAGACUGAAAAGUAUUAUCCUGUUUCUCAAGGAGGGUGGUUUUUUAAUGUUUCCAGCGUCCUUUCAAAACCAUUUUUGUGUUGUUUAGGUACCAAUGCAACACAUCCAUGCGCAGAUG